AGUUAAUUAAUUAAAGAAAACGCCGGAGAUGUUGUAUGUGGUUUGAAAAUGGCUGCGACAAGAAAUUACUGUACAAUGUGAUGUUUUUCACGCUUAUCAAGGCACUGCAAAAAGUUGAACGAACAACAAUGGAGAAUUUAAAAAAGAAAAAGACACCCAAUGAUGCAACAAACGUUCGCACAAAUAGUAAUGCGAACGGUCACGCCAACGGUCACGCCCACGGUCACGCAAACGGCAACGCAAACGGUAGCGCUAAUGGUUCCGCGAACGGUCACGCGAACGGUCAUACAAAUGUUAACACAAAUGACCAUACAUACGGAAAAUUCAGUAGUCAUAACGAAAAUGAAUCUAAGUGUCCAAGGAAACCGAUUAUUUUGUCCAAUGUGACUAGCAAAGAAACAAAAGCUGAUACUUUACACAAAGAAGCUGUGAAAACUCAUUGCACAGGUUCGCGAUGUGUUGGGUCUAUCAUGUAUCCAUACGGUGGAGAAGCAGGACCAAAAAGAAUUCCAGGUGAUAUGAGACCAAAGGAAGACACGAAAGAACAAGCCAUUGAUUUUUUAAGGCAGUAUUACAAUUCUUUGGACAGUGAGAACAGUGAAGAUCAUCAGAAUCGGGUCGCUCAAGUUCUAUCAGAAGUUGAAGAGACUGAAACAUAUCAUAUGACCACGAAUGAAUUAAAUUUUGGUGCGCGCAUAGCCUGGAGAAAUGCGCCAAGAUGCAUUGGCAGAAUACAAUGGAAAAAAUUAACGUUAUUUGAUUGUCGCCAUGUUAGUACGGCAAGGGAAAUGUUUGAAUGCAUUUUGGAGCAUAUAAAAUAUGCAACCAACAAAGGAAAAUUAAGAUCAACGAUAUCGAUAUUUCCACAUCGAUCAGCACGAAAAAAGGAUUUCCGCAUUUGGAAUGGUCAACUUGUCAGAUACGCAGGAUAUAAACAAGAAGAUGGAACUGUGAUAGGAGACCCGGCUAGUGUGGAGCUCACGGAGAUCGCGCAACAACUUGGUUGGCUUGGCAAGGGAACAAGAUUUGAUGUGCUGCCUUUAAUCUUACAAGCCAAUGGUGAACUGCCAGAAUGCUUUGAAAUACCUGAAGAAUAUGUGAUGGAAGUGAAAAUUUCACAUCCAGUUUACAAGGAAAUUGAUGAAAUGAACUUAAAAUGGUAUUGUAUACCAGCUGUUGCAAAUAUUGCGUUGGACUGUGGUGGUUUGGAGUUUACUGCUGCUCCAUUUAAUGGAUGGUAUAUGGCUACAGAAAUUGGCGCAAGAAAUUUCUCUGACAAAGACCGAUAUAACUUGUUAAAGCCUGUAGCUGAUAGUAUUGGUUUAGAUACAUCAAAUAAUGUUACGUUAUGGAAAGAUACCGCCUUGUUGGAACUUACAAAGGCUGUGUUGCAUAGUUUCAAUAGUGCUGGUGUAACCAUUGCUGACCAUCAUGCAUCAUCUGAAUCAUUCAUGAAGCAUUUAAAAAAUGAACAAGAAUUGCGAGGAGGUUGUCCAUCUGAUUGGAUAUGGAUUGUUCCUCCAAUAUCUGGUUCUGCAACAGCUGUCUUCCAUCAGGAAAUGUUAAAUUAUAAGAUGAGGCCAUCGUAUGAGUAUCAAGUGGAUCCAUGGAAAUAUUUUCCUGUAACAAAUAAAAAGAAAAAUCAAGUAAAGAAAACGUUUAAAGAGGUGGCUAGUGCCGUAAAAUUUACAAGUGACCUUUUUAAGAAUACACUCGCUAGACGAAACAAAGUAACAAUAUUGUACGCCACGGAAACUGGGAAAUCUGAAGAAUAUGCAACAAUGUUAAAUGAAUUAUUUUUACAUGCAUUUGAUUCUAAAAUGUUGUGCAUGGAUAAUUACAAGUUUGCUGACCUUGAAAACGAACAAUGUCUGUUUAUAAUAGCUAGUACAUUUGGAAAUGGUGAAGCACCUGAUAAUGGCAAGGACUUCGAAGAAAAAUUAAAGAGAUUAGCAGCAGGAGGGAAAGUUAACGAAGACAAAUUAACCAAUGUAAAAUACUCAGUUUUUGCACUUGGCUCGAGAGCCUAUCCACACUUUUGUGCAUUUGGAAAAGGUUUGGGUAAAUACAUUAAAAAUCUUGGUGGUGAAGAAAUCUUUUCUACUGGAGAAGGUGAUGAGCUCAAUGGGCAGGAAGAGACUUUCAAAGUGUGGGCAAGAGCUUGUUUUCAGGUAGCGUGCGAACUGUUCUCUGUGGUCGAUGUGACAAUCCACACUCCUUCAGCGAUGGCUAUUUGGAAAUCUGUUACAGACUGGCAGGAAGGUCUAUUUCAAAUCGUAAAAGCAAAAGAAAAAGAAAAAUCAGUUGAAGUAUUGAAAGGUUUAUCAAAAUUACAUCGUCGCAAAAUUACCACGACAAAAGCAAUCUCGGUGGAAAAUUUACAAUCACCCAAAUCUGGACGCAUAACUGAUCUAGUUAAAUUGGAUUCUUCAAAUUCAGAGGGUAUUAUUUAUCAACCUGGAGAUCAUCUUUCUGUCUAUCCAUGUAACAACAAGAGACUCGUUCAAACACUACUUGAACUUUCAAAAUGUGAUAUGGAUUUUGACAUUCCUAUAUAUCUGCAGAAAAAAAAUAAUGAAGGUGUAUGGGAAUCUGUUGAUAAAUUUCCAAUGCCCUGCAGUCUUCGAGAAAUUUUUACUCAUUAUGUGGACAUUACUACCCCGCCUUCAACUAAGCUGUUGGCAUUGUUGAAAGAGACGUGUACUGAUGAAAGUGAAAUGAGAAGAUUGCACCAACUUGUUACAAAUAACGAUUUGUACGAGAACUGGAAAUAUCGACGAUAUCCCAACAUUUGUGAAGUGUUUGCCGAAUUUCCAUCUGCAAAGAUUGAUCUUACUAUGUUACUGAAUCAGCUACCAGUGUUAAAACCACGUUUUUACUCCAUCUCAUCUUCACCAGACAUGUUUUCAAAUCAAGUGCAUUUGACUGUUGCAUUGGUGUCCUACAUGAUUCAUAAAAAAACACAUUAUGGUGUUUGUUCAUUGUAUUUGCAUUCAUUGACAAAAGGAGACCAGGUGACAUGUCACAUCAGAGCUGCGCCUCGAUUUCAUCUUCCAAGUUCACUUUCUGUGCCUAUAAUUAUGGUUGGACCUGGAACUGGCAUUGCUCCCUUUAGAGGGUUUUGGCAGCAAGCUAUUUAUGACAAAGAAAACAAUAACAAAGAACGAAAUAUGUUUCUUUUAUUCGGAUGUCGCAACUCUACCAUGGAUAAUAUUUAUCAUAAUGAACGAGACGAAGCAUUAAAGAAAGGUAUCUUUAAGAAAAGUUUGACUGCUUUCUCAAGAGAACCAGAUGUAGCUAAGGUUUACGUUCAAGAUCUGAUCAAACAACAUGGCAUCGAGGUCAUGAAACUAGUGUUAGAAGGUGGACAUUUAUAUGUUUGUGGCGAUGUCUCUAUGGCAGCAGCUGUAAACAAAACAAUGGAAGAGUUAGUGCAGGACUAUUUGGCUUUUACCUACGACGAAGCCAAACAUUUUGUGAACACUUUGAAGAGUGACGGUCGAUACCAUGAAGAUAUAUUCGGAGUUACAUUGAAACACAAAGAAGUGACAACCAAAGUGAGACAAGCAGUCCAAAGGUAAACACGUUUGUAUCGCA